AUGGCGGAGCAACGAAACCGUUGGAGCUGGGACGUUACCGGCUUCGAGCCGUGGAAGUCAUCGUCGCCGUCGACUUCAGUACCGGCUGAGCAAGACGAUCGGAAACCUAAUCCGCCGUUGGGGAGGAGGUACUCCAUUUCGUCUUCAUCGAUUAUUCCGCAGCCGAGAAACACUGCAGCCUCUAAGCUUCAACGGUUAAAGGAUAGAGUUAAGCUUGCUAGAGACGACUAUUUGCAGUUAAGACAAGAAGCAAGUGAGCUUCAAGAAUAUUCAAAUGCAAAACUCGAUAGAGUUACGCGAUAUCUCGGUGUUCUUGCUGAGAAAACCCGCAAGCUAGAUCAAGUUGCCCUUGAAAAUGAAGCAAGAAUAUCACCACUGAUCAAUGAGAGAAAGAGAUUGUUCAAUGAUUUAUUGACAUCUAAAGGAAGCAUACGCAUAUUCUGUCGGGCAAGACCGUUAUUUGAAGAUGAAGGUCAUUCAGUUGUUGAUUUUCCCGAUGAAUACACUAUUCGUGUAAAUACCGGUGAUGAAUCCUUGGCUAAUUCCAAAAAAGAUUAUGAAUUUGAUAAAGUUUAUGGUCCUCAUGUUGGACAAGCUGAAUUAUUCAGUGAUGUUCAACCAUUGGUGCAGUCAGCUUUGGAUGGAUAUAAUGUUUCCAUAUUUGCCUAUGGUCAAACCCAUUCCGGAAAAACACACACUAUGGAAGGAUCCAGUUAUGAUCGGGGUUUAUAUGCUCGGUGUUUUGAGGAGCUGUUUGAUUUAGCCAACUUAGAUACAACCUCCACUUCUCAAUAUAAAUUCUCUGCUACAGUUUGUGAGCUUUAUAAUGAACAGACAAGGGAUCUACUUUUGGAGUCCGGGAAAGACAUGCCAAAGCUCUGCUUUGGAUCGGCUGAAAAUUUUGUAGAACUGGUGCAAGAAAAAGUCAAUAACCCUUUGGAGUUCUCUACAGUUUUAAAAACUGCAUUUCGGAAUCGGGGAAAUGAUUUAUUAAAGAUCAACGUAUCUCAUUUGAUUGUUACAAUACACAUAUUUUACAACAAUUCGAUCACUGGUGAGAACUCAUAUAGCAAACUUUAUCUGGUUGACUUGGCUGGAAGUGAAGGUUCAAUAACAGAAGACGACAGUGGUGAGCGUGUCACAGAUUUGCUGCAUGUUAUGAAGUCACUUUCAGCGUUGGGAGAUGUUUUGUCUUCUUUGACAUCGAAGAAGGAUAUUAUUCCUUAUGAAAAUUCAAUGCUAACAAAACUACUAGCAGAUUCACUUGGUGGGAGUUCAAAAACUUUGACGAUUGUGAAUGUCUGUCCAAGUGUUUCAAAUUUAUCCGAGACAUUGAUGUCUCUCAAUUUCUCUGCUCGAGCUAGAAAUUCUGUCUUAAGUCUUGGAAACCGAGAUACAAUAAAAAAAUGGAGAGAUGUUGCCAAUGAUGCCCGCAAGGAGUUGUAUGAGAAGGAAAAAGAAAUUCAUGAUCUAAAGCAAGAGAGUCUGGGACUCAAGCAAGCACUUAAAGAUGCUAACGAUCAGUGCAUUUUACUCUUCAAUGAAGUACAAAAGGCAUGGAAAGUUUCUUCUGCAUUGCAGACUGAUUUAAAGUCAGAGCAUAUUUUGCUUUCAGAUAAGUAUAAGAUUGAGAAAGAAGAAAGUACACAGCUUAGAAAUCAAGUUGCUCAGCUGUUACAGGUAGAACAAGAUAAAAAAUUGCAGAUACAACAGCAAGAUUCAACCAUCCAAAGUUUGCAGGUUAAAAUCAGGACCCUUGAAACUGAACUCAGGGAAGCUCUUGGUACCAGCAAAAGUAGUUCAACGUUGGUUUCAGAGCCAGAGUCUGCAGCUCUAUCUGAUUCCAGAUCAACUGGAGAUGGCACUGUGGUAACCAAAAAAUUAGAAGAAGAGCUCAAGAAACGCGAUGCUCUGAUUGAGAGAUUGCAUGAAGAAAAUGAGAAAUUGUUUGAUAGAUUGACUGUGAAAGCAUCUGUGGUUGGGUCACCCGUGUUGGCACCUUCUUUUCAGCCGUCAAGUCCAUUAUCUCGUGAAUCCGUUAAUAUCCAACCUCAAAAUAAGAUAAGGAAUGGCACUAGCAACAACACAGUAGCAAAUUCGAUGAAUGCUCUUUCUUCACCUUUGGCUUCUGCUGCUAAGAAUGAUGGAACAGUUGCUUUGGUUAAAUCUGGCUCUGAAAUUGUCAAGACCACCCCUGCGGGCGAAUAUCUUACUGCUGCCCUGAAUGAUUUUGAUCCAGAUCAAUAUGAAGGUCAUGCUGCCAUUUCUGAUGGUGCGAACAAGCUUUUGAUGCUGGUUUUGGCUGCUGUCAUCAAAGCUGGUGCCUCUAGAGAGCAUGAGAUACUUGCUGAAAUUAGAGAUUCUGUUUUCUCUUUUAUCAGGAAAAUGGAACCAAAGCGAGUUAUGGACACCAUGCUUGUUUCACGUGUUAGAAUUCUGUAUAUAAGAUCUUUACUUGCAAGGUCCCCAGAAUUGCAAUCAAUUAAGGUCUUGCCUGUCGAGUGCUUUCUUGAGAAGGCUAAUACGGGGCGCAGUAGAAGUUCCAGCAGAGGGAAUAGUCCUGGAAGGUCUCCUGUGCAAUAUGUUGAUGAGCAGAUCCAGGGAUUUAAAGUGAAUUUAAAGCCAGAAAAGAAGUCCAAAUUUUCAUCUGUUGUAUUGAAGAUUCGUGGGAUUGAUCAGGAAAUCUGGAGACAGCAGGUGACUGGUGGGAAGCUUAGAGAAAUUACUGACGAAGCCAAAAGUUUUGCAAUAGGUAACAAGGCUCUUGCCGCACUCUUUGUACAUACUCCGGCAGGUGAGCUGCAGCGCCAAAUUAGAUCCUGGCUUGCUGAGAGUUUUGACUUUCUAUCUGUUUCUGGAAAUGAUGCAACUGGGGGGUCAACUGGUCAGUUGGAACUUCUUUCAACAGCAAUUAUGGAUGGUUGGAUGGCUGGACUUGGUGCUGCUCUGCCUCCAAACACUGAUGCCCUUGGCCAACUAUUAUUUGAGUAUUCAAAACGUGUCUAUACUUCUCAACUACAGCACUUAAAGGAUAUUGCUGGUACCUUGGCAACAGAAGAGGCUGAAGAUGCAGCACAAGUAGCCAAGUUGCGUUCAGCUCUAGAAUCUGUUGAUCAUAAAAGAAGGAAGAUUCUGCAACAAAUGAGAAGUGAUGUAGCUUUAUUGACGUUGGAAAAUGGGGGUUCGCCUAUUUUAAAUCCUUCUACUGCAGCUGAAGAUGCACGAUUAGCGUCUCUCAUUUCACUGGAUGGAAUAUUAAAGCAGAUCAAGAAUAUAACAAGACAAUCUAGUGUGAAUAUCUUAAGCAAAAGUAAGAAAAGAGCAAUGCUUGCUUCUCUUGAUGAACUAAAAGAACAGAUGCCUUCGCUACUUGAAAUUGAUCAUCCAUGUGCUCAGAGCCAGAUUGCCGAUGCCUGUGGCAUGGUUGAGUCAAUUCCUGAAGAAGAUGACCGCAUUCAAGAUCAAUCUCAUGUUCACAAGCCAUCAACAGAUCUAGGCACGGGAUCUGAAAUUGACGUGGCACAGUGGAAUGUGCUCCAAUUUAAUACAGGCACUGCUACACCAUUUAUAAUAAAAUGUGGAGCAAAUUCAAACUCAGAACUAGUCAUUAAAGCUGAAGCUCGAGUUCAAGAACCUAAAGGUGGUGAAAUUGUGAGGGUUACUCCUAGGCCCUCAGUUUUAGAAAGUUUGAACUUGGACGAAAUGAAACAAAUAUUUUCUGAACUACCUGAGGCUCUAAGCUUGCUUGCCCUAGCAAGGACUGCAGAUGGCACUCGAGCGCGGUAUUCUAGAUUGUAUAAAACCUUGGCUUCUAAAGUUCCAUCUCUUAGAGAUUUGAUCAAUGAACUCGAAAAAGGGGGUGCACUAAAAACAUGA